CCUCUGCUCAGCUCCCGAACUUUCCUCAGCCAAGAGAAACACCCGACCUCCAUCAUCCACCAUGGUGCACUGGACCGCCGAAGAGAAGCAGUACAUUCAAGGCCUUUGGAGCAAGGUCGACGUUGCUUCCAUCGGGGGCGAGGCCCUUGCCACCCUGCUCUUCGUCUAUCCCUGGACCCAGAGGUUCUUCCAGGACUUUGGGAACCUCUCCAGUUAUGCCGCCAUCAGUAGCAACGCCAAGGUCAAGGCCCACGGCAAGAAGGUGUUCAACGCCUUCGGGGAAGGCGUCAAGCACCUGGACAACAUCAAGGAGACGUUCGCCAAGCUGAGCGAGCUGCACUGCGACAAGCUGCACGUGGACCCCGAGAACUUCAGGCUCCUGGGUGACGUCCUCAUUACGCUCCUAGCGGCCCACUACGGGAAGGAGUUCAACGCGUGCUACCAUGCUGCGUUUCAGAAGCUGGUCAGCGUGGUGUCCCACGCUCUGGCCCACCGGUACCACUAAAGCGCCUUGAGGGAGGAGCCGAGGCCCCGCGUUCCCCUGGCCGGCCGCGGAGAACCCCCUUCCAGCCCUCAGUGGCAAAUUCCAGCUAAUAAAAUUCACCCUCUGCAAUCUGAA